CUUGACCUAAGAUCAAAACAUUCUGCCAACAUGGUGCUCAAGUAUUACUACGAUUUGAUGUCGCAGCCGGCGAGGGCUGUAUAUUUAUUCUUGAAGGCCACUGGAAUACAAUUUCAAGAUGCCCCUGUUGCAUUAAGGAAAGGGGAGCAUUUAACACCAGAGUACAAAAAGAUAAACCCCUUUCAGCGCGUGCCUGUUAUUGAUGAUGAUGGAUUUUUACUCACUGAAAGUGUUGCCAUCCUUCGUUAUUUGAUUGAGAAGCACAAGGUAGAUGACCACUGGUACCCACGUGACCUUAAACAGAGAGCAAGGAUUGAUGAGUACAUAGAGUGGCAACAUGCAAAUACUAGAUUUUAUGGAGCAAUGUAUUUCCAGACAAGGGUGAUAAUACCAAGGGCCACUGGUCAGCCGGUGAAUGAAGGAAAGGCAGAACGGUUUAGGGGUGACCUGGACACCGUCCUUGACCACAUAGAGAAUGUUUUCCUGAAGGAUACCAAGUUCAUCAGAAGUAAUGAUGAUAUCUCCAUUGCUGACCUCCUGGCAGUCUGUGAACUGUGGCAGCCAAUUGCUGGUGGAUAUGAUUUCCGGAAAAACAGACCCAUCUUGAGAGCAUACAUGGAAAGAGUUAGGGAAAGAAUGCAACCCCACUUUGAUAGUACCUUUAAGUUUAUCUACAAAGUAUAUGAGAUGAAUUCUGGUAUUCAGUCAAAACUUUAGGAACAGGAGGUGAAAAAGAGUGAAUGUCUUUCCAGACCAUAAUCAUGUCGAAUCAUUCAUUCCAAUAAAAUAAAAAUACAACAUGUUAAAUGACAUUUUUAUUGAAACUGGAGACUUGUUAUAAAUUUGAUGUACAUUUAUGAAAUCUUAUCUCUAUUGCCUUUGUUGGCUCGUUAGUUAACAAGAUAACUCAAAAAGUUGAAGAUGAAUUUUGAUAAACUUUUCUGAGUGGGUCAGAAAUAGUCUGACUUAGAACAGUAAGAUCAUGGUGGUGAUCCAUUAAUUAACAAUGAAAAUCGAGUUGCCUUGGUGGAGGUCUGCACAUUCUAGUUGAAGUAAUAAAAUCCUAAGUGCCAAAUCAUGCACUCAAUCCAACUGACAUACAGAACCAGUGUGGCACUUUGUUAUUGCAGAUCUACAGGUUCAUUGAACUUCGGAUAUUGAUGAAUAAGGAUCAAUAUAAAAAUAUUGGGAGUUUUUAACAGCAUUAUUUUAUAGAUCAAUUGUAUUUAACAUAAAUCUAUGCAUGUAGUGAUUUAGAAUGACUUAAGUAAUUAAAAUGAAAGCCGAAUGAGAGCAGUUGUAUUAGAUUUGGUGCUCUUUUUUAUUAUUGGAUGACUGGCACAAAUGUAGAUCAAAAGGAGUAGAUCAAGAAUUUUGCAAUUUGAUUUAUUCUAUAAAUUUUUAUUCAUAUAGAAUAUAGUUUGUCAAUUAUA